ACUGUUUUGCAGCCAAAAUUGUGAGGCACUAUGUGCGAUGAUGAUGAAACCACCGCCCUUGUGUGUGACAACGGUUCUGGGCUUUGCAAAGCCGGGUUUGCAGGAGAUGAUGCCCCACGAGCUGUAUUUCCAUCCAUCGUUGGACGUCCGCGACAUCAGGGUGUUAUGGUUGGAAUGGGUCAAAAAGACAGCUAUGUAGGGGAUGAAGCACAAAGUAAAAGAGGAAUCCUGACGCUGAAGUAUCCCAUUGAGCAUGGAAUCAUCACUAACUGGGAUGACAUGGAAAAGAUUUGGCAUCAUUCUUUCUACAACGAGCUCCGGGUUGCGCCGGAGGAACACCCCGUCCUGCUGACCGAGGCCCCCUUGAAUCCCAAGGCCAACCGUGAAAAAAUGACUCAGAUUAUGUUUGAGACGUUCAAUGUGCCAGCCAUGUAUGUAGCAAUUCAGGCAGUGCUGUCUCUGUACGCAUCUGGAAGAACAACUGGAAUCGUUUUGGAUUCCGGGGAUGGUGUCACACACAAUGUGCCUAUCUACGAGGGCUAUGCCUUGCCUCACGCCAUCAUGAGACUCGAUCUGGCAGGCAGAGACCUGACUGACUAUCUCAUGAAAAUUCUUACGGAGAGAGGCUACUCUUUUGUCACCACUGCGGAACGGGAGAUUGUGAGAGAUGUCAAGGAGAAGCUUUGUUAUGUGGCUUUGGAUUUUGAAAAUGAAAUGGCAACUGCUGCGUCCUCCUCCUCUCUUGAGAAGAGCUACGAGCUUCCCGAUGGACAAGUCAUCACCAUUGGGAAUGAACGGUUCCGAUGCCCAGAAACUCUCUUCCAGCCAUCCUUCAUAGGGAUGGAAUCUGCAGGUAUCCACGAAACCACUUACAACAGUAUUAUGAAAUGCGAUAUCGACAUCCGUAAGGAUCUCUAUGCUAAUAACGUCCUCUCUGGAGGAACCACGAUGUAUCCUGGGAUUGGCGAUCGUAUGCAGAAAGAGAUUACAGCGUUGGCUCCAAGUACUAUGAAGAUUAAGAUGAUUGCACCACCAGAACGUAAAUACUCUGUCUGGAUUGGGGGCUCAAUAUUGGCAUCUCUGUCCACUUUUCAGCAAAUGUGGAUCAGUAAAGAUGAAUAUGAGGAAGCUGGCCCCUCUAUUGUCCAUCGCAAGUGCUUUUGAAUACUUCCACCACGUGCUGUCAGUGAUAAGUAGCGCGGUUUCUCCACACAUCACCCGCCUUCAUUUACCUCUGGGGGUGGUUUGGCUUUCUUCCACGUGUUAAAAAACCACACUGUAUGGAU